UAACUUCUUUCGCACCACCGUACGUAGACAACCGUGCUAAUCGGAGGUGUGCGAGAAGGACAACAAACUAAACACAAAUAAGUUGUAAAGAAAUUCGUUUCCAAUCUAGAUUUAGAAGUGCAUAGCUCCAGUGUUUAAUGUUGGAAGGAAGAGCGUUCCAGACGGGCCGCAACAGCACAUCUGAAAGUGCUCGAUGUAGGGACCUCUCUUUGUUCGAUGGCUCGCCAAAAGCCGCUUUGAAGAUGACCAGAGUUCGCGUGAUGGUUUUUGCUCUUUGACGAGAUCAGCAAAGUGUCAUGGUUCAUUUGUGGUAAGCACUUUGCGUAUAAUGAGUGAGACCUUAUAACGGGCCAUUAAACGUUCUUUGGAGUGUUUUACAGUACAGUAUAUGCAUUGAGUGCUGGAUGUUUGAAUUUUCUCACUAUGCACCGAAUCAUUACAGAGUCAAUGUGACGAUAUACAUCCUUGAGAUCUUCUGUGCACAUUAUACACUGGAAACGUAACCUUUUUUUCCCAGAAUUAUUUAGUAACCAUUGUUGCAUCAACACCCUCCACCAAUGGGCAGUCCACUUCAGGGACAUUUACACGAAGUUGGCGAAUGUCGAAGAGCCAAGCAAUCAACCCAGGCUGCGAUGAAAUCUCUCGUGUACACGUCUCUAACUUACAAAACUCCAGUAGAACUCAUAAGUUGCUACAUAUGAAACCACUUCUCAUUUCUGUGAAGACAGCUGCAGCAGAGUGCACGCAUCCCGGUUAAAAUGUCUCUGACAAUGGUCAUUUGUCUGCUCGUUUUGUACAAGACUUCAGGUCUGAUAAAUGGUUUAAACGUGUCGGUGGCUCAGUCGAAACUAUCCGUGAGUGAAGGUUCAAAGACAACCUUAAUGUGCAUUGUAAAGGAAGCUGGAAAUUAUUAUUUAUCCGUCAACUGGCAUAAAUGCCCAAAACUCAGUAACAACUGUGCCAGCGCAUCCCGUGUAGGUGGAAGAGAUCAGAUUUGGUAUAAAAAAGAUUAUCCCUCCUCUUCACAUGGUGGUAGAUUGAUCUGGAAGACCGACGGAAACGUGUUUAAUUUGACUUUCAUGGAGGUUCUCAAUGGAACUGCAGGGAACUACUGCUGCUUAGCACAAACAUGGUAUCGCAUAGCACUGGGACCUAUUUGGCACUACUAUAAAGAAAGUAAAGCCAUGGUGGAGCUGCUUGUCAUCAAUCACACCAAAUCAACCCAUGGCUCUUCCAUCCCAGAUAAAGACUCUUCAUACGACACAAAUUUGAUCAUGAUUUGUGUAGGAGUGGUGCUGCUGCUUCUGCUAUUGAUUGUCGCCCCCAUUGUUGGAUUCAAACUUUGGUUCCGCAAGAAGCAUCACCGUGACAAACAAGUCGGUCAACAAACAACUUGCCAGGCUGACGAAGACAAUCAAGAUAACAUCAACUAUGCUGAGCUGGAUAUGCGUGUUCUUGGAAGGUGCCAGGAAGCCCCGAAAGUAACAGUGAACCAAGAGUCAAGCGGCUUGUAUGCUCGAGUGUAUGAGAAGUCACACACAGGAGCUUACUGAUAACUAAAUGGAGGCAUCUCGUCAGCUGCAGGAUACGUGCCGUCUCGCAAUUGUAGCCUUUGCAUGGCAAAAGGGGCACGUCAUGUAUACGCAACUUUAAUUUGCAUAAUUAACCAACAAAUAUUUCCACAAUUGGUCUCGACCUUAACAUAUGAUUCCAUAUUGAUACUCUGCGAUGUGUCACUGUCAACUUCUUUCCAAGUGAUUUUAUUAACAUUUUGAAGGCAGAUAUGAUGUCAUACCUAAUUCUAACAGUCGGCAUUAUUUUUUACCUUUCUAUCUCUACCUGAUGUCAUUGACGAAUGUCAAGUUUGUUUUUUACUUUACGUCAUCCCAGCAAUAUUCCUUCCUGCCUGUCACCCUUCACUGAGAAGGCUACAACCAGAACCUGCAAAACUACACCUUCUGAAAAACUAGAAAUCCUCAUCGGGACUCAGAGAACUUCAUUGAAAAGUUUCCAUAAUGACUGUUUAUCGUUUAAUAUAAAAACAUCGGCUAGUCGUUUACAUUCUUACCUAUGAUUGCAAUAACGACAGCAAUUGCAUCACAUUCUCCUGCAUGAUAAAUGAAUAGUACAUAAGAUUAGUAAACACUGAAGCUGUUCUUUUAUUGAGGAAAAGCUGUCGAAUGAGGCCGUGAAUGAAUAACAAUUGCUUUAUACAGCAUCGUUCAAUAAAACUGUAAUGAGAGCCUAUGUCCGGCUCACGUGGUGAUCGGCUCUGCCGGUCCUGCUCUACAGCCAAUGGGGGGAGAGCCUGGGAGCAUGGCCCCGGCGUGAUCGAGUCGAGGGAUGUCAGCUAGGAUGAUUGGUUCUGCUGGUCUUG